AUGUCGUCGUCCAAGGGCCUUUUGCGACAUUUGGCUCAGCAGCAACGCCUGUGGAGCUGUUGUAGCCCACUAUCGGUGAUUACACGGCAGACGUCAGCCUCGGCUGCUUUUGUUCCUCAAGGUAUCUUCAAUGGAAUUGGGUUUGGAUUUGCAAGAGGCUUGACUUCGCUUGUAAACGGAGUUCAGCCGUUGAACAAUCGUCGAGAUAAUGGACGGCCUAUGCCGAUCGGUAUCCGGAGUCUUGUCCCCAAGAUCUCUGAUCGAGCUUGUUCCGCCCACGCCAGACUCGCCCGCAACGAAACAAUGACUGACCGCGACGUUCUCCCCGACAAUGUCAAGCCCAAGCACUACCAGCUGUCCUUAAGGGACCUUGAGUUCACCAACUGGACUUACAAGGGAACCGUCACCAUCGACUCGGAAAUCACCAAGCCUACCAAAGAAAUCAUCGUAAACACUCUCGAACUCAAGCUCUCUCGCGCCAAGGUCUUCGUCGACUCCAAGUCUGCGGAAUCGACAAAGUUUGACUAUGACGCCAAGGCCCAACGUUCUACCAUCACCUUUGACGAGGAGCUCCCCGUCGCUUCCAAGGCUGUCAUCACCAUUGAGUUCGAGGGUAUCAUCAACAAUGAAAUGGCUGGUUUCUACCGCAGCAAGUACAAGCCUACCGAGACUCCUUCCGCUUCUGUCCCCAACGAUGGCGAAUGGCACUACAUGUUCAGCACUCAGUUCGAGGCUUGCGAUGCUCGCCGAGCUUUCCCCUGCUUCGACGAACCCAACCUCAAGGCCACCUUUGACUUUGAUAUUGAGAUCCCUUCUGACCAGGUUGCUCUGAGCAACAUGCCUGUCAAGGAGACUCGUCCUUCCAAGGAUGGUUGGAACAUUGUGUCAUUUGAGACCUCUCCCGUCAUGAGCACCUACCUUUUGGCCUGGGCCGUUGGUGACUUUGAGUACAUCGAGGCUUUCACCGACCGCAAGUACAACGGCAAGCAGAUUCCCGUCCGUGUCUACACCACCCGUGGUCUCAAAGAGCAGGGCCAGUGGGCUCUCCAGCACGCUCCCAAGAUCAUCGACUUCUUCUCCGAGAUCUUUGACAUCGACUACCCUCUGCCCAAGUCUGACUUGAUCGCUGUCCACGAGUUUACUCACGGUGCCAUGGAGAACUGGGGUCUUGUGACCUACCGUACUACCCAGGUUCUUUACGAUGAGAAGACCUCUGACCCCCGAUUCAAGAACGCUGUUGCCUAUGUUGUCGCACACGAGCUUGCUCACCAAUGGUUCGGUAACCUCGUCACCAUGGACUGGUGGGAUGAGCUCUGGCUCAACGAGGGUUUUGCUACCUGGGUUGGUUGGCACGCUGUUGACCACCUGCACCCUGACUGGCAGGUUUGGGCUCAGUUUGUCAACGAGGGUAUGGAGGCUGCUUUCCGCCUCGAUGGCAUUCGCGCCAGUCAUCCUAUCCACGUUCCUGUUCGUGACGCUCUCGAUGUCAACCAAAUCUUCGACUCUAUCAGCUACCUCAAGGGUUGCUCCGCCAUUCGCAUGCUUGCCAACCACCUUGGCGUCGAGACUUUCCUUAAGGGUGUGUCUAACUACCUGAAGUCUCACGCCUACGGUAACGCCAAGACCACUGCCCUGUGGGACGCUCUCGGUGAGGCUUCAGGCAAGAACGUGACCGAGCUUAUGCACCCUUGGAUCUCCAAGAUUGGCCACCCCGUUCUUACUGUGUCUGAGGAGCCUGGUCAGAUCUCUGUCAAGCAGUCCCGAUUCCUGUCCACUGGCGAUGUUAAGCCCGAGGAUGACACCACUACUUGGUGGGUUCCUCUUGGUCUGGAAGGCAAGAAGGAUCACGCCGGUAUCGCCUCUCUAUCUCUUACCAGUAGGGAGGACACCAUUCGUGAUGUUGACGAGGACUUUUACAAGCUCAACAGCGGCGCCACUGGUUUCUACCGUGUCAACUACCCCCCUGAGCGUCUUGCUAAGCUGAGCACUCAGCUCGACAAGCUUAGCACCGAAGAUAAGAUUUCUAUUAUUGGUUCUACUGCUGACCUUGCCUUUGCUGGUAACGGCACCACCCCUGCUCUGCUGACCUUCCUCGAGGGCUUCGGUAAGGAGACCCACACUCUAGUCUGGCGCCAGGUCCUUGACUCCAUUGGUGGCGUCAAGUCCGUCUUUGGCGAGGACGAGUCCAUCAAGAAGGCCCUUGACAACUUCACCCUGAAGCUCAUUGAUGAGAAGGUCAAGGAGGUUGGAUGGGAGUUCCCCGAGGGUGAGGACUACCUCACUGGCAUCCUCCGAAAGGAGAUUAUCGGCGUUGCUGUUGCCAGCGGCCACCCUGCUGUUACUGAGGAGGCCCUGAAGCGUUUCAAUGCCUGGGUUGAGGACCCUGAGGCUAACCCCAUUCCCGCUCCUCUCCGUGUUGCUGUCUGGCGCGCUGCCAUUAUCAAGGAGCCUACCCGCACUGUUGAAAUCCUCAAGAAGGAAUGGCUCAACACCAAGUCUAUCGAUGGAAAGCUUCUCUCCCUCAGUGUUCUCGGCACGGUCAAGGAUACCGAGAUCCUCAAGAAGGAUGUCAUUCCCUUCAACUUCAACCAGUCUCCUCCGUCCAACGCUGUCCCUGCUGGAGACAUGCACGUUCUGGGUGGCUCUAUUGCCAACAACGUCGUUGGCCGUCCCGUUCAGUGGCAAUUCAUGAAGGACAACUGGGAUGCUGUUAUUACCAAGCUCGGCAACCCUGUCGUUGUCGACCGAUACAUGAACCUCAGUCUGAGCCGCUUCACGGAUGUGUCUGAUGUCGAGGAUAUUGAGAAGUUCAUGGCCGACAAGGACACCAGCAGCUUCAACCGUACUCUUGGUACCGUCAAGGACAAGAUUCGCGGACGUGCUGCUUACCGCGAGCGUGACUCUGAGAAGCUCAAGGAGUGGCUCAGCGCCCAUGGAUAUGCUUGA